GACCCUGAAAGCGACUCAACUCGGAACGCAACCUCUCGAUCGAUGAAAGACAGCCCUGAAUCCCAGCUCACGGAGUCGAUGCAGGUACCUGGUAAGGUGUCCAGUUGGAGGGCAUUUGCGGCCUGGGAGAUGGAGUACAUGAUCCGGGAGAGAUAGCGGCUCCAGAACCCAGGUGGCGUCGCUGCGGAGCCAAAGGUGAUGUAACGGGU